AUGACCACUGCAUCUGAACCUGAACAACCGCCACAACAAAACGGACAUAGCGAAUCACGCGAUCCACGAACACAGCUCGAACUAACUAUAGACAAUCUCCUUACCAAAAUAUGGGAGAUAAUGGUGCAAUUAAAUGAUUACAAUCCAGAAAAUAAAUGGGCACUAUCUCACACUUUAUCUGACUUGGCUGAUCGUUUUGACGAAAUACACAAGCUUCAAGAGAAAAUCAAACAUAUCGAGGUGCCAUUAGAAGUGAUAGAAUAUAUCGACGAGGGACGUAAUCCUGAUAAGUUUAUGGUAGAUUAUGUAGAAGAAGUGAUUAAGGAAAAUGAAUCAGUGAAUAUAAAAAACGAAGCAAUACAAGUAAUAAGUAUAUUGAUUUAUAAAAAGCAUUUCAAUUCUUUUAAUGAAUUUCUCGAUUCAAUUGAUAUUAAUUCGUUCCAACUUCUUAUGAACUGUCAGAAUUUUUCAGAGUUACUUCUUGACCAGCUUCAGGAAUCAUUUCCAGAACAAACAGACUGUUAUAAACAAUAUCAAUUAAGCAAAUCUAAAACAACAAAUGGACAUUAA